GGAGCGGCAUUUCGUCUCGCGACGGCGUACGCUUCGCAUCGAUCGUACCUUUCGUUGAGAAUACCAGAGAUUCGUGACAGAUUCGAGUUGCGCAUUCUCAUUCAUUCUCUUUUCUGAAGGGAAAAGCAAAUUAAACAAGAAGAAUAUUAAGAAGAAGAUACAAAAAAAAGAAGUGUAAGAAAAAGUGGAGAAAAGGGUUCAUAAUCGUCGAUAAUUGACUAAUUCUAUUUUGGUGACGUCAAAGAAAAUCGUUCGGAGAGACAUCAUUCAAAGAAAGGAUAUCCUAUAAAAGAAGAAGAAGAUAAAAGAUAGAAGAAUCUUAGAGUGAUCAUGUUGAAGAAAUUAUUGAGCAAGUCCGGACGUAGGAUUUUACGGGCGAUCAAGAAGCUGUCUACGAGGAGUCGGAAGUUGAAAAGGUCGCAGCAGUCUAAUGGUGGUUGGCAAUCGACCCUCGGACCGGAUCUAGAUGCCGUGUCCCUUUCGUUGUCCCUACCGUCCCUGGACGCGAAAAGUAUCGACACCUACAUGACCUACGUCAUUGAGAACAUCGACGAUUGUGAUUCUAGAUGUUGUCAUUGUUGUGACGAAUAUGAAGAGAAUCAAAGGAAUGAGAACAUUGAAAAUGAAAUGACGAUCUAACGUUUGCUUCGAUAAAGAAUUCGUUGAUAAUAUUU